GCGUUAAUUUAAAAUGGUAAAAUCCAAUAUGGCGGGUAUAGAGGAUUAUCAGAUGUAUCUGGCUCAUCAAUUGUCCCAAGAACAGCGCGAAGAAUGGGAGAAAAAGCACGAAGCGGAGAUACAGUUGGACAGAGGAAGACCCCGAAACCUCCGUCUGCAAAUGCAACCCCAGACUCCGUUGUUAUCACGACAGCAGCUUCUUCAAGAGGUUGCCCUUGCCGAGGCGGAGCUACAGGAUGAGUUGGUUGUCAAGAAAUAUGUCGGCAUUGGGGUCGGUUGGGCCAGUUUGAUAACAGAACAUCUGCUCAGCCAUCCGUUUGUGGUUUUAAGACGACAAUGUCAGGUCCACAACAACUCAAUUCGAUACCACUUAGUUCCUCUUACGCUCAUCCCAGUCAUCUUAAGGCUUCACCAAAGACAAGGAAUUACCACCCUUUGGAAAGGUAUUGGCAGCGUCCUCCUCAUACGAGGGGUCAACCUGGCCAUUGAGGAUAUCAUAUCAAAAUUCACACCCUGGCCAAAGGAAAUAACCGUGAACAGUUCCCUUCGUUCCGUGGGACAACACAUCAUGCUUAAAUGCAUAAGCUUCGCUCUUGUCACCCCCUUCUAUUCGGCCAGUUUAGUGGAAACAGUUCAAAGCGAAAUCGCGAGCGAAAGACCAGGAGUUUUUGACGUCUUCAAAGAAGGAGCGUGCAGACUCUUAAGCUGGGGCAGUCCUCAGAAUGGUGAGACCCUGACGCUGGUCCGAACCACAAGCUCAUUUAAGAAAAAUGUAGGUCGGAUGCUCCCUGUUUGGGCGUUGGUACUGCCUACCGUCACCUACUGCGUACUCAAGUAUUUGUUUGGACUCGUCAUCCAAGGGGCUACCAGCCGCAUUCUGGAGGUGACCCAAAAGAAGGAGCAAAAGAGAAGGGGUGCUUUUCCAAAGGAUCUCACCAACCAACCUCCAAACCAGGAUAUUGAACUGGCGUCCUGCCUGGUUAGGGACGUUGCGUCAGAUAUUGUUUUUUAUCCUUUUGAAACAAUCCUUCACAGGUUGCAUCUGCAAGGGACGAGAACCAUAAUUGACAACCUGGACAGUGGCUACGAAGUGAUACCGAUCCUGACGAGCUACCUCGGCACCAAGGACUGCCUUGAGACGGUCCAGCACGAGGAAGGCGUGUCUGGCCUGUACAAAGGGUUUGGCGCCCUGCUGCUGCAGUACGCGGCGCACUUUGCCGUCGUGAAGGUCACCAAGCUCGUUUUGACCGAACUCACGACGCUGCUGCGUUCUUCCAAGGGCAAGCAAGAAGAUGGCUCUCCGGUGCUGCAGGGUCCACCCUCGGUCCAGAUAAAUAGGGGCGUCCCACCUGGCUACCCUGGCACUCCCGCUGGCUACUCUGGCACGCCGCAGUACGUCGAAACACCGAGAACGCCUCGCACACCGUACGGAUUGUCUAAUGACGAAGUCACAUAUUUCUAUCCUGAAUAGACUGUUCUUUCUCAUCCGAACAAAUUAGCAACUUGUGAACUAGUCUUUCGUUGGGAGAUUGGAAACUGUUAUGCACCAGGCAACUCGAAUCGACUGUUUUUUUAUAACUACUGGAUUUUUUGGUUCAAUGUUACUCAAUUAAAAUAACAUGCUUAAAGAGAA